AUGAGUGACAUUUUGCCCCCUGAGGUGUGGUUGAGGGUGCUGUUGUUUCUCGACGUGGAGAGCGUGGAGAGCGUGGCCCAGGUGUCCCACGACUGCCGCCUCCUGGCCACCGACCCGCACCUCUGGCGCCUCUUGGCCCUUCGCACCUUGGGCGUGGGGCGGCGCCGCGACCGUGGCACCGAAGAAGUCAACCUGCACCCGGAGGACGAAGGACGGUUCCUGGUGAACUCGGGCACGGUGAGCAAGGCGGCCUUUGAGCUGAUAAACCGCAUAACGUGGGAGGAUGGCUCUGGCUAUUACGCGUGCGCCUGGGUCACCGAUCGCAGAAAGGACGAACGAGAGCGCGGGAUCACGCUCGAUUACCACAUACGAACAUGUCAGCUCAGCAACGGCCGCACGGUCGAGUUCAUCGACACUCCCGGCCACCGAUGCUACGGGACCCACGCCGCCGAGGGACUAAUGCUGGCUGACGUGGCAGUGGUGAGCGCCCUCCACGGCGAAUACGAGAAUGGCUUGCAAGCUAGGGAGACCAAUGUUCGUAGGCUCGUCGUUGCUGUCAACAAGAUUGAUUACUCGUAUCGCUACAACUUGCCUCAUCCGAGCUUUGAGGAGAUCAAAGCCGAUAUGCUCAAGCAGGCGAUCGCUGCUGGGUAUCGAGAGCAAGGUCACAACGUUACCACUCGCACCGAGCUCCCCUAUCAUGGGUACUGUGGCCCUGCGCUCAUGGAGCUCAUGGAGCAGAUCACCGACGAGGCCGACCCAUUCUCUGACUAUCUCGCCUCACCGCCGUCUGCCUCCUUGGUUCACUGGCAGACCCUGCAUGUGCCCUUCUCGACGACGACAUUCACCGCCGCCGCUCCGACCUUCACCGUGGUCGGCAUCCAGAUCCACCAGCGACCUGUCACGAAGGCGGUGGCCGGAGAGAUUGCGGCUCUGCGACUGGCGCUGUCACCGGCGGCUGCUGCUGGGUAUGACCGAAGCGAACCGGCUGCACGCAGGCGGCGGCACGUUGUGACUCGAGGCGUCGUGCUGGCCGGGGAGCGCGUCGCCCCCGUGGCGAGCUUCACCGUGCACCUCAAUCUGGCGGCGCAAAGCCCAGUGCUGCGCUGCGGACAUGAACCAUUCUGUCUCAUCCACUCGGCGUCGCUGCCCUGCCGGUACUCAGCCUCCUUCGGAGUGGUGGGUGGUGAGGUGCCUAACUUUGGCCUGGAAACAAGGGUGGAGAAAGUGGUGGUGCGGUGGGACCACCACGGCGACGAAGUGGAGUCUCUCAUCGAAGACGGGAAGAAGAAGAGAGUUGCCCACGAGGGCUGCAGUGUUCGUGUGAUUCUCAAGCCUAUGGUGGGAGAUGUGUAUGCGGAGCCUUACUCACAAAACCCCGCGCUGGGUACGGUUCUCGUGGUGCACUCCGACCAUCGCGUGGUCGCUGUCGGUCGCGUUGAGACUGUGCAGUACGGCCCGGUGUAG